UGGACAUCAAAACAAUCAAGAGAAGAGAAUCUCUGUUACCUUCUCAUUCCUCCUCUGGAGCUACUGAAAACAGCAACAACAACAACCACCAACUGACUGAGACUUGUCACAUAUCAGAACUAGGCAGUUCACAUUCUCCCUCUUCAAAACACGACAUUUAACCCCCUCCACCCUGUGGCCAUGGGAGAAGACUCAUCGCACGCCGAGCGCCUCAGCAACAGCAGCAGCAUUUUGGUCAACCCCCAGCAGUACCAUGCACAGCAAGACAACAUGGAUCUCCUGGUGCCCAGCUUCAGCCCCAGCUCUGCUCCCUCCUCCCCCACUGACACCCUCUCCAAGCUGGGCUUGAAAACCCCCGGGAGCCCCGGAAGUCCCACCAGUCCCAUGGCCAGGGAUCAGGUGAGUGCCAUCACAGUGGUGGCUCUACUCGACAAGCUGGUCAACAUGCUGGAGGCAGUGCAGGAGAACCAGCUGCGCAUGGAGCAACGCCAGGCUGACCUGGAGGGCGCCGUGCAGGGGGUCCAAGGCGACGUGACUCGCCUGUCCAAGAACCACACCAGCACGUCCAACAGCGUGAGCAAGCUGCUGGAGCGCUCGCACAAGGUCAACACCCACAUGAAGGAGGUGCGGGAGCGUCUGGACAAGCAGGCGUCGCAGGUGAAGCGGCUGGAGGCCAACCAUGGACACCUGCUCAAGAGGAACCAUUUCAAAGUACUCAUUUUCCAGGAAGACAACGAGAUCCCCUCCAGCAUGUUCAUCAAGGACUCCACCAAGACCCGCCAGGCCAGCCAGCUUGAGGACGACGCCCCUGCCCCGUCUGUCACCGGCAUAGAUGCCAACCGCUCUCAGGAGGAGGGUCUCCAUAACAUCAGCCUGUACUCCUCCGACAAUGACACCGGGGGUCUCCACGAGGACGACGAAGCCCUGGAGGGAGAGGCAGAGCUGGGCCUAGAAGCGGCCCUGCCCUCCUUCGAGAGAUCCAGAGCCGACCGGCUGAAGCGCUCCAGCCUGAAGAAGGUGGACAGCCUGAAGAAGGCCUUCUCGCGCCAAAGCAUUGAGAAGAAGAUGACCAGGAUCAGCACCAAGAUCGUGCCACCCGCGAGCCGUGAGAAGAUCAAGAAAAGCUUUACACCAAAUCACCCUAAGAGUCUCGCCGUCAAGAGCUCUUCUUUCAAGGUGUCGCCCAUGACGUUCAAUGUGAAGAAGUUGCGAGGCGAAGGGGAGGCCUCGACACAGCCCAGAGGCUCGCCUAGCGGGCAAGCCCACGUGGAGAUCCCUCCCUUGGGUAGCAUGGAUGGGGAUCUGCCCCUGGCUGAGGUGUAUUCCCAGGAAGGGCUGGGUGUGGAGGGGGGAGAGGAGCUAGCUAGUCCUUCUACCCCUGGGAGCGUGCAGGCCGAUUUGACCAUCAAUGGAGAAGCGGGGAGCCUUGAGUGUGAUCUGACCAUCGAUCGUCAACCGGGGCUUGCUCUCCCGGAGCAUGAUGACGAUAUGGGGGAGGAGGAAGAGGUUUAUGAUGAGGUAGAGGAGCAGGAAAGCCUGGUGGAGGUAAAGGACCCCAUACCUGCUGUAGAGCAAGCUUCAUAAUCUCAUCCCUCUCAUCUUUUGCUCCUCCACAUUCCCUGGGUAUUUUAUGUUAACAUGCCAAAACUGUAGUCAUCCCUCCAUCCUUCCAGCCUACCAAUUUCAAAAAAAUCUCAAGCCCCAGUGCUAACGAGCCCCUAACCAUUCCUGGCCCUCCAAUGCCUCCAGCCCUGCAUGUACAAUUGAUCCAAGAGAUCCAUGGACAUAUCCCAGAUCACCAAGCUUCCAUUUCAGAGAUCCUGAUUUAUCAAGAGUGAUCAAUAUAUCCUGCAUCAGUUGCUCCUGCCUGGUCUGUAUAGCUACCUACCCUUCUUUGGGGCUACCUUAGGAAAAGAACCAGCAAGCCAAGCGACUAUAACUCACCUUCCCAACUGGAACCUAGGCUUCUGAACAGCACAUCUCCAGGAUGCUGAGCCAACUCACUCUCUCUGUUUAUCUGUCUUUGCAUGGGCCUCUCAGUCUGACGGAUAGUCUCUUUGUUCUCCUGCCUCGCUUGAAUGCCGGUAAAUCCUUGGCAAAGAGGGUAGAGCCCACAGCUUGGGAAGGGUAGCCCAUUGCCAGGUUGUCUGGGCAUUGGUAUGGGGCGGUAGCUAUGUUUCUAAAGCAAGGUCGGUGUAAGGCUGAGGUUUGUGACAUAUGCACUUGACCCAGGUCUGGAUGUAACCAUAUAACCCGAGUGCAGGGUAAAAAUGGAGCCAUAGCAUUAAGGCAAUUUCAUGCCAUCCCUACUUUAGUUCAUUUAUUUGCCAUAAUAUAUAUACUCAUCAGACAUCUCAUGACAAAAACAGCUUGAAAGUGGUAAGUUAAGGGAGGGUAAGUUGAUAUCUCUGUAUUAGGGUAAGUCUACUGGGAGCACUAUUGAGACAGAGGAUGACUUGGGACCUUAAGGCUCUACAAACUGGGACUUUCCUAAACACCCUAUAUCAGGGCAAUCAUAAUCUUACGUUUAUGUAUAUAUUUGAUUAUAGGGAGUUAAAUAUCAGUAGGCAUAAUGACUUAUAUAAAAUCAUAUUUGAGUACUGUCACCUGACUUUCAUAAAUAUACUGUAAAAAUUGUAAUGUUGGAGUUGAUUACGUGUGCAUUCGGUGCACCUAAAGUUAGCAUAGCACUCACAUAAACAAUGUUGACACAUUCCUAUAUGGUUGAAACACACAUGCACACAAACACUAGAUUAACUAGCACACAUUUACAGAGGCACCCACAAAGACAAUCACACACACACUCAUACACGCACGGAAUUCUUCAAACUUACACUGGCUGUUGUGGGUAAUUGCCAUGCUGGAGUGAGGAAUUCCUGUUUUUGAAGCCCUGUUGAAAAAAACAGCAUAGACCAGCAUAGGCUGGUGACCAGCCUUCAUUGUUUGGACACUUGUCACCAGCAUUCCAGCAUAUGGUGGCCACCCGCAAAACCCGCAUCAAGUUACGUUAUGCUGGAUUUGCAAAGUGAUGUCUAAUUCCUAAUGGAAUCCAGCCUGAACGGGGAUAUCCAACAAUUUGAAUGUUUAUUCACCCACGAUUUGCAUUCAGAAUGAUUGCCAGGGUUUUGCCCUCAAAACAUCAAAUCAAGCUUUAUUUAUACAGCACAUUUCAGACAUGGAACGCAACGCAAUGUGCUUUAUGGGGGGGGGAACAAAUCAAAAAUGAUAAUAUAGGUGAAAUAUUUACUACACAACAAACAUAAGAUAAAAAACUAAAGAAUGGUACAAAAUAAACCAAUGGCUGUGCUGUGUAGGCAGUUCAGCCGUGGCACAAUCAAUUGGAAAUUGACAGCUAAUGGUGCUGAAAGUAGGCAAAUUUGAGUAGGCAUAAUUAAUUUGACUUUACUAACAACAAGAGGACUUUGUGUUGGAGCCUAUUUAUUCAUAUUUAAGAAAUAAGAGGUAGGCCUACCUGUUUGGCAGAUUAAAUUAGGCAAUAGGCUGCUAUAUAGAUAUAUUUCUCAGUCAAUUACAUGUCAGUGAAGGGGGUAUGAGGGUAUGCCAUAGCCCUACUUUUUAUGAAAGAAAAUGGCAAAAAGCCAAGCUUACCUCUUGUUAGUUUAAUAUUUUAAAACUGAUCCGAUUAUAUAACGUGAUAUAUUAGAGCACUUUGGUCCUUGAUGCUUUACAAUAUGCAUUGUUUUGUGUCUUUGACAUUCAGAGGCUGAGACACAACCUUCUAUAGCCAAGGACCCCAAAAAUAUACUUUGCUUGGGAAGUAAUUCUAAUUCUCUCUAUCAAUUGAUUAGGCGAUUCACUUUCUGUACAAUAAAUGUUUAAACCCAGGCAACUUUUAGGGAAACCGUUGUGACCAUCUCUCGUUGAGUUAAGCCACAGAAAAGGGCUAUUUUUUUCUCAGACCUGCAAAUACGAUGAUAGAUUCAUGCAAUGCUUCUACUAUAAAGGAGAUCUUUCCCCCCCUACUCUCUUCCACGGUGGUCUGUGAACCCACAACCUUCUGGCCAGCAGCCCUGUGGGUUAUCAAAAUUCCUGCAUUGCUAUGUAAUGCUUACAGGAAGAAUAACACUUUCUAAAACUGUUUCUAGAAGGCUCUGGUCUGUCCAAGAUGUGAGGAUAAAUGGUAUAGACAUGUUCUCCGCUAUCCACUUUGUUUUUAAAUUAUUAUUAGUGGUAUAAGGGAGAUUCACUUUUUUUCAAGCAUUCAGGGAGGGUUUAAUUGAAAUGUAACUGAUGAACUGUCCAUAUUCAUUUCAGAAAGAUCCCAUUUUCUCAAUGUAACCCUUACUACAAAAUAAUGUUCACCGCCUAAACUGGAACAGUUUCAGUAACGGGUGAAAUAAGUUCAACUAAGAUAUUGGGUUAGUAUGCAUGUUAUGUAUCUUUGUGUUGCAUAAGAUAAAUUAAUUGAUUAAUUAAAACAAUCAAUGUACAUGCAAAAACACAGAUAUUGAAACAAACUAUUCUAGAAAAUCAAACUGCAAUAUAGCAUGCUGGGAAAUAAGAUAAUGAUGCCCGUAGUUGAGCAGACCAGCUUGUCCAGCUAGACCAGCAUACACUCCAAAGAAGAAAAAAAAGGUUUUGCCAGGGCUUAGGGUAAUUUUAUUUUUCAUAUUAAGAAUUCCCUCUCCACAGUGUUUUCCUUUUAUGCCAUGAAAUGCUACACUGUAGCAUAGUUCCUUUAAUUGCAUGGUACACUAUAGGCUACUGAUUGCAGUGAAAGGAAGGUAAACAACAAGUUACUGAAUUUCUACAGCUGAAUGAAGGUGUUAUUGCUGUAAAAGGAUAGUAUGCUGCUGAAUGCUGGUUACCUAAGACUAUACCUCACUUGGGAUUUGAACUCAAACUCUUUGUUGCUAAUGACCUGAACUUCCUGCUACAUCACCAUGACCAUGUGCAUGACAGCAUGACAGUGCUUGGCCACAGAUUUAAAUGGCAAGAACACAAUUCUGUACACAGCUGCCCAGAAUCAAGUCCAUAAUUGUAUAAUUAUCUGACAACACCAAUGUGAAAAUAUCAGUCCUCAGGGACACUUGAUGUAAUGUGUGCAUAAAUGCUUUGGGGAUUUGAACUUAGAGGCCUUUAGGCAGAAGUGCAUUAAUGUUUCAACAGUGCCACCAGGUACAUCAUUGGUACCAAGAACAUGUACAUUCAGAAAGUAUUCACAUCCCUUGACCUUUUCCCCAUUUUGUACAGCCUGAAUUUGAAAUGGAUUACAUUGUGAUUUCUUUUGUGACUGGCCUAACACAAUGCACCAUAAUGUCACCAUAACGUUUUUUUUUACAAAUUCAUUACAAAUUAAAAGCUGAAAUGUUUUAAGUCAAUAAGUAAAUCAACCCCUUUGUUAUGGCAAGCCAAAAUAAGUUCGGGAGUAAAGAUUUGCUUAACAAGUCACAUAAUAAGAUCCAUGGACUCACUCUGUGUGCAUUGUGUUUAACGUGAUUUUUGAAUGACUACCUCAUCUCUGAAACAUACCAGUGGUCUGGGGCGGCAGGUAGCCUAGUGGUUAGAGAGUUGGAUUUGUAACCGAAAGGUUGCAAGAUCAAAUCCCCAAGCUGAUAAGAUAAAAAUCUGUCAUUCUUUUCCUGAACAAGGCAGUUAACCCACUGUUCCUAGGCCGUCAUUGAAAAUUAGAAUUUGUUCUUAACUGACUUGACAAGUAAAAUAUAUUUGGGGGCAUGGUCUAAUAUGUGUGUUUGUGGCAACUAUCAGUGGAAGUGUUGUACCAGUUUAAGUGGUUGAUGGUUGUGGUCAAACAUGGUCAGUUUUGCAGUUGUUGUAAGAGCAUGUGACAUUAAAUAAGAGCUGUACUGUUAAAAGGUUACUUUGUAAUUUACAGUAAAUUAAUGGAAGUUAGUUAUAUGGAUAUUACUGAAUUUUGUGCCGCUGAAUUGACUAACAGCUGUCAGUUAUUGUAAAAUUCACAGCAACUGCUAGGAACAUACUGACAGUUAGGUUGCCAGUUAAUCUAUUGUAAAACGCACAGUAACAUAUUUGCAACGAGCUGCCAGUAGCUCACUAACUUCAAGGAACUUUUCUGAUUACAAGAACGCUUAUGACAUUAGGUGAUAACUAUUAUGUAGUCUUUUGCAUGAGCACACUUGGGACCCAGCCUCACCUGGCAUCAACAUCUAGGUUGGCAGCAAACUGACCUUCCUGCCACACAAUCAGGUCAAUGUGAAUUCUACAAUUACUACUUGCAGCAAGCUGACAGUAAGUUGACAUUUAAACAUGAACUUCCCAGUGACCAACUUCCAUUAACUUACAGGAAAAUGCACAGUAACCUUUAAUAGUUCAGCUCUUAUUUUGUCACAAGCUCUUACAAAAAACAUGUACCACUGGCCAUAAACAAAUCAGUUGCUCUAACUUAAUAAUAAAACCCCUUAAACUGGUACAACACUUCCACUAACAGUUGGCACAAAUGUAACAUAUUUUAGACCAUGCCCCCAAAUAUACUAAUGUGCCCACCCCAGCAAUUUUUUUAAUUUACCUUUAUUUUACUAGGCAAGUCAGUUAAGAACAAAUUCUUAUUUUCAAUGACGGCCUAGGAACAGUGGGUUAACUGCCUGUUCAGGGGCAGAACGACAGAUUUGUACCUUGUCAGCUCGGGGAUUUGAACUUGCAACCUUUCGGUUACUAGUCCAACGCUCUAACCACUAGGCUACCCUGCCGCCCCAUCUAUAUUUCAGAUGCCAUGAAAGGUAAACAAUAAUUUAACAAUAACACCAUUAAACUGUAAAAAAAAUAUAUAUAUAUAUAUACUGUAUUUUUACUGCAACUCAGUAGCCGGUAACUUACUAUCAAAUAACAGGACAUUUUUAACAGUGUAUGCCAUAAGCACAUCUGAAGUAUCCUAUAAGUAUAACUGUAAAACAUGUCAUUGCUUCUACCUUCUAACCAGAGGGUUAUUCAUAAGAGGAUUCUAAACGUAACUCAAAAUGGUUCCCCUACCUACAGGAACUAAUCAAACCCUUUCACAUUGCACCCAAAAUGGUUCCCCCAUGGGGAUAAAUUACAAUACCUAUUGGUUCUAAUCUUUUAACACUGUCACACCUAGGGCUGUUAUGGUGACCAUAUUACUGCCACACUGUCACUCAUGAGUCAUGACCAGAUUAAAACUCCAUGUCACCGAGUCACGGUAAUCUCUUAUGGUAGUACCCAACUUGCUAAUGACCAUCAGGUCACUAAUGGCCUGUUACUAUUGUCCCGCUAACCACUCUGGCAUCAAUUCAAAUCCAAUCGAAAAUCACAUCAAACACUGAUCAUCAAAACAGUAUCAUGCAUUUAGAACUCACAUCACUGUGAUUAAUCAGUCUGAAGAAAGAAGUUCAACAGGUUUAAACUUAAUGGAAAACAUGGUCAUUGUGGAUGUUGUUUCAAAGCCUAAAAACGAAAUUGACAGCACUUUCUAAGGUGAUGAUUAAUUCAAAACAUCCAUAUGCAUAUUAGAGUUUAUGCAAAGAAUUGGCCUAAAUAUGAGCUCAAGCCCGAAAAAAAACCCUGAGUUAAAAUAAUGAUUGUGCCAUUAUAGAAUACAUAGCCUACCGCACAUUAAGCAUGGCAGAAAUACAUAAAUAUGUACAUAAUUGGUCUAGCCGAUAGCCCAAAAUUAAACAUAUUCUAGUAAUUGCUUUUGGAGUGUGGACUGUAUGCAUACUGGAUGGACUUGUUACCUCAUGCUACGCUCCAAACUUUCUAUACAUGAGUUGGGGAGAGAACAUAGGUGAUACUGUUGGUUCAUUGAUAGUGUAGGGUGACUUACAGAGUUACAGUGCAUUCAGAAAAUAUUCACACCCCUUGAUUUUUUUGAAAAAAAAAAUGUUUGUCUGAAUUUAAAAUAGUCAAAUGAGAUUUGUUUUGGUACUGGCCUACAGACAAUACUCCAUACUGUCAAGGUGGAAUUGUGUUUUGACAUUUUUACAAAUUAAUAAAAAAUGUAAAGCUGAAAUGUCUUGAGUCAAUAAGCAUUCAACCCCUUUGUUAUGGCAAUCCUAAAUACCUUCAGGAGUAAAAAUUUGCUUCAGUAACAUAAGUUUCAUGGACUGACUGUGUGUAAUACUAGUGUUUAAGAUGCUUUUUGAAUGACUACCUCAUCUCUAUACCCCACACAUACAGAUAAUUGUAAGGUCCCUCAGUCCAGCAGUGAAUUUCAAACAGAUUCAGCCACAAAGACUGAGGUUUUCCUUACCAAGAAGACAGUGAAUAUUUGAGUGGUUUUGACUUAAAUCUGAUUGGAAAUAUAUGGGAAGACCUGAAAAUGGUUGCCUAGCAAUGAUCAACAACCAAUUUGACAUAGCUUGAAGAAUUUUGAAAAUAAUAAUUGGCCAAAUGUUGCACAUGUGUGCAAAGCUCUUAGAGGCAUACCCAGAAAGACUCAUAACUUUAAUCGCUGAUUCUAACAUGCAUUGCCUCAGGGUUGAAGACUUGUUUAAUCAAGAUACUGUAUAUAUAUAUAUAUAUAUAUAU